UGUCAAUGUUUCGGAACGAUUUGUCAUAAUCACACCGAUAUCGUAGGGAAAACAAAUCCGAUUGAAACGUUAUCAGCGCGACAAACACACCACCCGGCGAAUCUUAUCGGAGCGAGCUAACCAAACAACCCACAAAAGUGACUCAGUUGUGGAAGGUAAGUGGAGCAAUGAAGACCUUGUUUCUGCCGGCGCUGCUUGUUCUUUUGGGGACCUUUUGUGCCACGGAGGCGGCAAAUAUCCUGUGCCUGGUGAGCACGGCCAAGCACAACAAUCCCGGCUGGUCGAGGCCCCUUUUCGACGCCCUGGUGGCCAACGGUCAUGCCGUACUGGUGAUCAGUACAGCCCCCAAUCCGGAACCAAAGAGGCAGGUGGACGGUCUGUUGUACUACCAUCUGCCCAACGAGUAUGAUGUGAUGAAGAAGCACUUCCUGCGCAAGGAUACCCGGGAGUACCAGCAGAUGGUGACCCUCAAACAGCUGCUGGUGUGGUACGAGGUCCUCUUGGGCAGCUGCCGAUCCGUCCUCACCUCGGAUACCUUGAGCAGCAAGACGCCGGAGCUGGUCGCCCAACUGGCCGUGGACUUUGAUCUGAUAAUCACGGACGUCACCCAAGGCAUGGAGUGUCUCAUGGAUGCGGUUCCCAUGUGGCGCUCCAAGCCGGUGGUUGGCUUGAGUGCGGGGAAACUCACGCCAGACUUGGUCUCCCUGCUGAAGGCGGAAAACACCAUAAAUGCGGCCAGGACACCGCACCACAUAAGUCAGGUUCCCAAAAAGAUGGGCUUCUGGAACCGACUUCACAACCACAUCCUGUACUAUGCAGAGCCGCUGAUCCAUUUCUUUAUCGUCCGACCUGCGCUCAAUAACCUGGUGACGACGGAAAAUGCCUUUCCCACUCUGCAACUAGUGCUGCUGAACACACAUCCCACCUUGGACUAUGUUCAGAAUCUCCCACACGGAGUCAUCGAAGUGGCUGGCCUUCACAUCAAGACUGAGGUCAAUCCUCUGCCCACUUACAUACAGAAAUUUACAGAGAAAUUCAUCGAUGGCAUCGUGUACAUCAAUAUGGCCUAUAUCGAGUAUAUGGAUGGUCAGGGAAUCCAAGCUGUGAUUAAGAUGAUAGUCGACAAUCCCAGCUGUGGGUUCAUAUGGAAUGUGGAGGAGCUGGAGAAAAUGCCGCCAGAGAAACCUAAUUUGUUAACCCUUCAUGUGGAUCAGUCGCUGCAGCAGGAUAUUUUGGCUCUGCCUUACGUUAAAGGUUUUCUGAAUCAUGGCGAUAGUUUCAGUCUACUGGAGGCAGUGCACCAUGGAGUCCCCGUUGUCGUUCUCCCCCUAAAACUGGAGGAAUUUAAUAAUGCCCAGCGUGUAGUGGAACGCCACCUGGGAGUGGUGGUUCAGGCCAAGGCGUUUAAUCACCGAUCCCUGACUGCUGCUCUCAGGCGGAUCCUAGACGACGAACUUUUCACGAGUGCUCUGUACCACGCUCAGCUGAAGUUCCGAGCCCGUCCGCAAUCCCCUCUAGAAUUGGCAGUUUGGCACGUGGAACAACUUAUCGCAGAGCCACGAUUCUUUAGGGACUUCGCCCAAACUGAGGCCUUAGCCCAGAACUUCUUUGUGGCCCACUCCCUGGAUGUGCUGGUGGUGCCCCUUAUUAUGCUCUUGGCUGUGGUUAUAAGUGUGGUCCGUCUAAUUGUAGUCCUUUUCACGGGACGUGGCAAAGAUAGGCCGGAUCCUAAUGGAGAGAUGGACUGUGAGGCACCUAAAAAGCGCAAAAAGAUAAAAAAGAUAAAGAGUCCUGCCAUGAAUAUAAAACUCAAUCAGAGCAAUGAUGUAAAGAAAGAUUUGAAUGAGGAGAUCGUGGGGGAGAAGCAUCUACUUAAUGAGGAAGAAAAGCCUCUAGAGGAGAAGAAAGAUAAGUAAGAUUGGCUUUAUGUGCUCUGUUUUCAUGUACCAAAUAUAGUAAACACCAAGAAAGACUGGCAAUAAAUAUAUUUAACGAUC